UGCGUACAUUCCCUUUAAUUCUCGCGAGACUACCAACUCUCUAAUGUGAGCGGAAGUGCGUUUAGACUUUCUUUUCCGGCGGCCGUGGUGGAUUGUGGAGAAGGCCACCAUGAAGUUAAAUCCAUUUGUUACAUCAUCCCGAAGAAAGAACCGGAAGCGGCAUUUUAAUGCUCCUUCCCAUGUUCGCAGAAAAAUCAUGUCUUCUCCACUUUCAAAGGAGUUGAGGCAGAAAUAUAAUGUGCGCUCCAUGCCCAUCCGUAAGGAUGACGAAGUACAGGUCGUCAGGGGACACUACAAAGGCCAGCAGAUUGGCAAAGUUGUCCAGGUUUAUAGAAAAAAAUAUGUAAUCUACAUUGAACGUGUGCAACGUGAAAAAGCAAAUGGCACAACAGUCCAUGUUGGCAUCCACCCCAGUAAGGUUGUGAUUACCAGGCUAAAGCUUGACAAAGAUCGCAAGAAAAUCUUGGAACGUAAAGCCAAAUCUCGUGCUGAUGGCAAAGAGAAGGGCAAAUACAAGGAAGAAACAAUUGAAAAAAUGCAGGAGUAAAAUUGUUUGGAUUCUGUUAAUAUCAAUAAAGACUAAAAUUUGGAA